GUAGUGGGAGUGACGUGCGAGCGAGAAAAUGCACGUGAUAAUAUACUUAUGUCUCACUUCCUCCUUAACUAGCAACGCCAUAUAAUUCACAGCAGUGUUUUUGGGAACUUUUAAAGUUUUUAUACUCAUUCUCCGGAUUAAUUGAGUCAGUUCGGCCUGAGUUGCGCCACGAUCAGGAUCAACAUUCUCUAGUCUUCAGACUCCAAGUCAGAUCUCUCUGUGAAGAUUUUUCCUGCCAAAUUCCCACGAGUUCUCUUUGAGCCUCCAAAGAUGCAGUCAUACCCAGAAUUCGACGAGAGGGAAUUCAAUCAAAUCCUGCAGAAGUGCAGAGAUAAAUCCCACCAGGAGCAGCAGGAUCAGAUUCUCCUGCAGCCGUACAAUUACAUCCAUCAGAUUCCCGGAAAGAAUGUACGCGGGAAGCUUGCGUUGGCCUUUAAUCAGUGGCUCAACAUUCCCACGGAGAAGAUGCACGAGAUUGGGAAUAUUGUCCACAUGCUCCACAAUUCGAGUCUUCUGCUAGAUGAUAUUGAGGACAACUCCAUCCUCCGCAGAGGUGUCCCCGUGGCACAUGCAAUCUACGGCGAAGCAUGCACCAUUAAUGCUGCCAACUAUGCCAUGUUCAUUGCCCUGGAGAAAAUUCAGAUGCUGGGGCAUCCAGAAGCAACGCGCGUGUACACGGAGCAGCUUCUGGAGCUGCACCGUGGGCAGGGAAUGGAGAUUUUCUGGCGUGAUAACUUCCACUGCCCCACGGAGAGUGACUACAAGCAGAUGACCAUCCGCAAAACGGGUGGACUCUUCAUGCUGGCCAUUCGUCUCAUGCAGCUCUUCAGUACCAAUAAGACUGACUUCACGAAGCUCACCGCCCUCCUGGGGCUCUACUUCCAAAUUCGCGAUGAUUACUGCAACCUCAUGGCGGAGGACUAUGCAGACAAUAAGAGCUACUGCGAAGAUCUCACCGAGGGCAAGUACAGCUUCCCCAUUAUUCACGCCAUUCAGCAAGAGGGUGAAGAUCGUCAAGUUUUCCAAAUUCUGCGGCAGAGAACAACAAACAACGAAGUGAAGCGAUACUGUGUGAGCAUCAUGGAGAAAUUGGGCAGUUUCAGCUACACACGCAGCGUCCUUGAGUCCUUGGACAGAGAGGCACGUAUUGAGACAAUGCGGCUGGGGAAUAAUCCCAUCAUGGAAGGUCUCCUCAAUGAGCUCAAGACAUGGAAGUGAGAAAGUUGCCGCAAGUUUUAAAAGAAAUUUUUAUUCUUAGUUCUUUUUCUCGAAUAUUUCAUUUGCAAGGCGAGUAUGUGUAGGAUCUGAUGGUGUGUAGAUUUAAUUAUUUUAUUGUAUAUUUUGGAGUUGAAUAAUUUUAUUUCUUAUAGUAAUCCUAAUCGUAGUUUUAAAAUUAAAAAAAAAAGCUUCUCUUGAUAAAAUUUAUUUUUCAACUAGUCAUUUGUUGAGAGGAUCAUUUGCGCAGAAUUAAUGAAAAUUCAAUGGAAAAGUUGCAAAAUUCAAAUCAAGAAAAGAAAUAAUUCCGGUGGAAGAUCCACGUCAGUAUCUAAAGUAAAAAACUAUGUGAUUGACAAUAUCAACGAAAACAUUUCAAUAAUCUUUUUUCUUUUUACUAAUCUAAGAUAUAAAAAUAAACUAAAGCAAAUGUUAGAAUAGAAUUAGAAAUUUAUUGAGAGAUGCUUGAUUUAUUCUUACAAUUAGAAGUUUUUCUCAGGACAACUUAGCUUUUUUCGCAUCAUAUAUAAUAUAGGAAAUAAUGUACUGCAAGUACGAAUGUUUUAAUUAGAAUUUUGAAUGAAAAAUAAAUUUUAAUUAUGUUUCAAAGUUCACUAAAUAUUUAUUUUUAUAUUAGAGAUGUUCUUAUAGAAUUUUAGAAUUUAGUUAUUUUAAAAUAUAUUUUAUAAUUUUAUUUUUGGGAAAUAUUUUUAAAGAUGUAAAUAAAGGGAAUUUUCUUUAAAAA